AUGGAAGACCCAAACCUAUACGUUAUCUGCGACUGUUGCGGUGUCUCUCUCGAAUAUGCCGAGUGCAUAGUGCACUGUUUAGAGCCUGUCUGUAACUUUGGCGGCCAGAGAUACGAUCUUUGCUCGGCUUGCCAUUAUCAGGGCAGGGCCUCGGGAUACCAUCAAAACUCGCACCCAUACGAAUUACACUACCCUAGCCAAAUACAGCCACACACACACCUACAAGCUACUCUAGCCCCUAGGCCCGGGAUAAUGAGAAUAAACUCUUUCUCUUCCAUCAACUCUCAGUCUUCCAUGGAAUCUCAAUCUUCAUACGAUUCAUCCAACUCUAACAACUCCCAAGCCUCAUACGACCCUCAACCUUCGUACAAUACCCAGCACUCGUACAAUCUCCAACCACCCUAUAACCCCCAAGCCGUGUAUGGAGAGCCUCACGAGUACAUGAUCAACGGGAGAACUGCCGCCCCAAAGCUAAUUCGCCUUGCCGCCGCUAUCUUCGAAGAUAUCGACAAUGCAGAUGCUAGCGUCGUAUGGCCAGUAUUCCAACGCCGUACCGAUCACUUCGAACCCGAGAAAUGCGCCUUUGUUAUGCAUCUCCUACAAUUCUAUGCCCAGUACAACGUCUUCCAGCGAAUUUACGACGAGGGCCAGGCGAAUGGCAAUGGCGUAGCCUGGAGCGACGCACAGGUUGCUCAUAUGUACGACAACUACGGUUGGGAAUAUCGGUUGGGUCAACGAGAGGGCACUCGUUAUUCUAUGCCAAUGUUGACCAAGAAUGGGUUCUUACAAAUGCUGAUGUGUGAGGCAUUGGUGGACCCAGAGGGCUUCUCAGCGAGACUGAAUGGAUUGUUGGAAUCGGUGGGUGGACUAGAGGACCCUCUGACCGGGGAUUGUUUCCACAUUGAGAGGGAGAGCUGGCCGAGUAUGCCAGAUGAUGCUGUGGUGCAGCAGAGGAAUGGAAUCCUGAGGAUGGUGGAGGAUACGAUUGAGGCAGCGAGGGGAUACGGGUCCUGGUAUCCAGCACAGGAGAGCGGUGGAUGGCAGCAGGACAGGGGUAUGAGGGCAUCUAAAGGGUCCUUCUUCCAGCGUGCAAGGAGGUUUGGGAAAAAUAUCUAG